AUGGGAGAAAGCUCAUUGCACAGUAGCUUAUCUUCAUCAUCACCAAGACAAGUGAAACUAUUUGGUUUUCAGGUGACGGAAUGUGACAAAACCACCGAGCCUCCUCCUCCACCGCCACAGCCAUCUCAUGAUGUGGAGGGAAAGAGAUUCGAGUGCCAAUAUUGCCAUAGAGAAUUUGCAAAUUCUCAAGCACUAGGUGGACACCAAAAUGCACACAAGAAGGAAAGGCAACGAACAAGACGAGCUCACCAAAUAGGUGAUCAUCAGCCUCGUUUCCGCCAGGUAGUUCCGAUGAUCAAUGCACAUGCAGUAAGAUCAGGGUUGAUCAAUAAUAAUAAUAAGAGUAUUAUGUCUCGGUAUUAUGGGGCUCGGUUGCGGUCACAGGUACUUUCAGGGGCUCCACUUCGAUUUCAGAUACAUAUGCGUCAACAACAGCUCAUGGCCGUUCAAAAUCCAGUUGAUAUAAAUAAUAAUGAAGCCGAGGUUGAUCUUCACCUACGACUUGCACCUUCCAGGGACUGAUCAUGAAAUACUCAAUAAUUUCCAUUUCCAAAUCUCCUUCUGUUUAGCCUUACUAUAAAUAAUUCAAUGAGAAUUUAGUACCAAUUAGUUAUUCUUUCCUUCUU